CAGCUCCAUAUUUGCAUCAUGUGGCUCAGAUCUGGUUGAGUGAUGUCCGGUCAGUGAUCAGGUUUGUGUUGCUGCUGAUCGGUGGUAUGUUGACCUCAGUGAUCGGUGAUCAUGCGGAUCAUCCUGAGCUCAUCCGAUCACUCUCCCCUUCUCUGCGUGUCUCGUGCUGAGGCUGCUCAGGGCGGCCUCUGAUUGGCUGACGGGAGCAGGUCGCUGAGAGACGGUAAGUCGCCGGUCUGGUCGCUCUCCUCGGUGCUGAAGCCGCUGAAGCUCGUCGUGAUAAUGUGAAACGGCGAUGAGGGCGAAGGGAGCCGAUAAACACCAAAAUGGACGAUGAUCUGUUCCAACUGAGACAGCUGCCUGUUGUCCGUUUUCGUCGCACAGGUGAGAGCACACGCUCUGAGGAAGAUGUCGAGAGUAGAGAACAGGAUGUCAGGACUGCAGAGCAGACUGAUCUGGAGUCUGUGGCACUUGCAGAAGUAGCUCCGGUUCCUCGGGAAUUUGCCAAUCCGACUGAUGACACAUUUAUGGUAGAAGAUGCCGUAGAGGCCAUAGGCUUUGGGACCUUCCAGUGGAAACUCUCCAUCCUCACUGGUCUGUCCUGGAUGGCUGAUGCUAUGGAGAUGAUGAUCCUCAGCAUCUUAGCCCCUCAGCUCCACUGUGAAUGGAGAUUGCCAAGCCUCGAGGUGGCACUGCUUACAUCGGCAGUGUUCAUUGGGAUGAUGAUCAGCUCCUCUCUUUGGGGAAACAUAUCUGACAAAUACGGCAGAAAGACAGGCCUGAAGAUGAGUGUGUUGUGGACCAUGUUCUAUGGCCUGAUGAGCGCCUUCGCACCUAUAUAUGGGUGGAUCCUCGUCCUCCGUGCGCUGGUGGGUUUUGGCAUCGGAGGAGCCCCACAGUCGGUGACACUGUAUGCUGAAUUUCUGCCUAUGAAGUCCAGAGCCACAUGCAUCCUGCUGAUUGAGAUAUUUUGGGCUCUGGGCACCGUGUUCGAAGUCCUGCUGGCAAUCCUGGUGAUGCCCACUCUGGGCUGGCGCUGGCUGCUUGGCCUCUCCACCAUUCCUCUCUUCAUCUUUGCCUUCCUAUGUUUUUGGCUACCAGAGAGUGCUCGAUACGACGUGCUGACAGGAAACCAGGAAAAGGCUCUGGCCACACUGAAGCGCAUCGCCACAGAGAACGGAGCACCGAUGCCUCUGGGAAAAUUGAUCGCUGCCAGACAGGAAGAUCGUGGGAAGAUUCGAGACUUAUUCUCAUCACACUUCCGCUGGACAACAGUUCUGCUGUGGUUUAUUUGGUUUGCAAAUGCCUUCUCUUACUACGGACUGGUGCUGCUCACCACAGAGCUGUUUCAGGAAGGAGGUGCUUGUGGAAUGUCCAAAGGGAAUAAGAAGGAGCUCCGGUGCAGCUUAGAGUGUAAAUACCUGAAUUCUGAUGACUACAAAGACCUGUUGUGGACGACGUUAUCAGAGUUUCCAGGACUGCUGGUGACACUGUGGGCUAUUGAUCGAUUGGGAAGGAGGAAGACCAUGGCGUUGUGUUUCCUCGUCUUCUCUCUGUGCAUUAUCCCACUCUAUGGCUGUGUUGGGAGAUCGUCCAUGACAGUGUUGAUAUUCAUCGCCAGGGCGUUUAUUGCAGGAGGAUUCCAGGCUGCGUAUGUAUACACUCCAGAGGUGUAUCCAACAGCAACAAGAGCUUUAGGUCUGGGAACAAGCAGUGGAAUGGCCAGAGUUGGAGCUCUCAUCACACCUUUUGUUGCACAGGUGAUGUUGGAGUCCUCAGUGUACUUGGCUCUCUCAGUGUACUGCUGCUGCUGCCUCUUAGCUGCCGUCGCCUCCUGUGCACUGCCGAUCGAGACGACCGGCCGCGGCCUGCAGGAGUCCAGCCACCGUGAGUGGGGACAGGAGAUGAUGGGCCGGGCCUCCUCCCACAGCUCGGGGGGAAUCCCUCACUCCAGCUCUGGCUCCCAGGGGUGAGGACACGUCGGCCGGAGCGCAACUGAGAGGCAACCGCCGUGAAGAAAAGGAGGCCAGACAGCUGAAGCAGCUCUCUGAGUCCCCUUCUGUGAUUCUUCAGUUUAGACACCACAGUGGAGCCAGGCAGCACAAUAGUUUUACAACAUGUCACUAUACUUGUAGUCUUUAAACACCAUUGCUGUCACAAUUUUGCCACUGUAUAGCUGCACACAGGGUGACUGGAAACACCAAACGACCUGUAUGAGUGCAAAAGCGACUGAUGGACACAUUGAGGAAACUUCAGAUGAAAUGAGUGAAAAUUCAAAUACUUCAAAGUAUUUGAAUCCUGCUUUACUAAUGCAACAGAAGCAACGAAGUGUUAAAAGUUCAAACAACUGUCUUUUUCAAAGAGCCUUAAAACUACCUGUUGAGAUUGUGGCUGAGAGAGCUACUCUUGAGAAAGCUGCUGCUGUUAGCGUACUGGGCAUACAUGCGUAUAUAAGAAACAGCUUUAUCUUGUGCACACUAAUUGCCUGCUGAAAUACAGUAAUUACAAACUCAGCUUUAUUUUAAAAAAGUGCAUUUUUGGAGUAAACAACAGAUCCACAUCAUCAAAUCAACAGAACAUUAGAAUAAAUAAGAUCUGGGGUUAUUUUUUAUUUAAUAUUCAGUUACUGUACAGUAAGAAUCCUUUUUAAAUUUUGUGUUGGAUGUGUUUUUUUAUUUAAUAUUUUAACAUGAUGAAUAUUUAUUUCCUGCUGAAGACAUGAGGAAAAUGCAGGUAUUACUCUCCUAAUAAUGAAAAUGCCACCUCAUGUCUUCAUCUUCAUGUGGUGAUAUUAUUUAUAUCAAGCUGUAGCCUUCAUCUGAGGAUAGUAACACCAGUGACAUCAUACAGUCGACAGUAUUUCAUAAUUAUACCACAAAUGGAACAAAUCCACAGAACCUAGACUGCAGGUGAAGACAUGCUACAGCAUAACAAUAAAAUAAUAUAAAUCAGAGUA